GAUCCUGCUGAUAUACUGUAUUAUCGGUGAAAUCUAGUCCAACUUCACAGUGAGAGCUGUAUUAAAGUUCAGUUUUAUCGUGGGCAUCUACUGUCCUCGCUAUGGCAAAGCGACCCGCGCGACAGGGGAGCCAGCUGCCGAGCUGUUACUAUGAGGGAUACCUGGAGAAGAGGUCGUUCAAAGAUAAGACAUCCCGGAAACUGUGGACCUGCUUGUGUGGCAACACGCUUUUCUUCUUCAAUGAGAAGAGAGACACUAAUUACAUAGAGAAACUGGAACUCAGCGGAUUGAUCUCAGUAACAGACGACGGCAGCCAGGAUCGUAAAUUAGAUGCAGCCAGACUCAACCUCAAGAUGAAAGAUGGAAAUGUCAAAUUCACUAUCCCUAAUACAGAAGCUCGUGAGCUGUGGAAGGGCUAUAUCCUCUCUGUGUCUGAGCUGUCGGUACCCUCCUCCCUCAACCUGCUCCCGGGUCAGAUCCACAUGCUCAAAGAGGCAGUAGAAAAGGAGAAGGAAAGACUAAAAAAUGUCCCUCCACCUGCUGACACCUCCAGUCCCUACAUCAGCCUCCAAGCAGACAUGCCAGCUUGUUACCACGUCGUGUCCCGUCUGGAGGCAGAGCUGCUGCUUGAGAAAGAGGCCAAGAGAGGAAACCUGCUCCUGAGGCCUCGAAAUGACGGGACCUUUGCUGUCACCACCAGACAAGACCAUGAGGGCUCUAUAUUCAAACACUACCGUGUGAAUCGUAAACAUGAAGGGGGCUUCGCCAUUGAUGUGGACAAUCCUGUCCCCUGCACCACACUGCAUGAUGUGAUCAACUAUUUAGUCGAGAAAACUGACGGGGUUCUGAUUCCUCUCAUCAUCGAGGAGCCGUAUGAAAAAAACAUCUCUUUCAUUUGGUCUGAUAAUGAAAAUGGAGAGAGAAGUGUUCAGCAUGCUCCGUCAAACCUUGUCCCACCAAGUGUGCCUCCCAAACCAGUUGCUCCAAGAAUACCGACUCCUGAACCAGUACCAGCACCAGUUAUAGAAGAGGAUUCGUGUCUAUAUGAAAUGAUGGAGAAAGACAUAGAGUCGGAGGAUUCCUCAGCCACGUCACAGCUAGAUAAGAAAACUCCAAAGAAAGCAACCCUGCCUCCAACUCCUGCUCCUCGCAAAUUGACCCUCAGUACAUCACCCUUGUCCUCUGCCUCCUCCACAAAGUCUGAGCUGAGACUGAGAACCCACUCAGACCCUCUAGCACAGACAAUAACAGAGCUCAAACUAAAGUUGGAACAAAAGGCAAAGUGUGAACAGUGACCUCUCCUAGUGGGAGUCUCUUAAAGCUGUCACCAUCUGUGAAACAGUGCCUCAGCAGCUGACUCGCACCAGUGCAGAGCCAACCUCCCAGUCUGUCCCUGCAAAACGAACCAACGCACGGGAACAGAGAUAAGCUGUUUCUACAUGAACAACCUCUUCCUCCUCUGAGUCGAUGCUCUGCUCCUCCUCUUCACUGGCUGCUGGUCAGCAGUAAAGCCACUCUGAAGAUUAACGCUUUAUUGAUUGAAUCUUGUCUUACACUCAUUAGCGCAUUAAUCGACUGUAAAGAGGGAUGUACGUGUCACUUUAUCUUCACUGUGUCUCUUGUACAUUUUGCACAUUUACCGUUGACAGUGGUGUGCAUUUUCUUAAUCAAUUUUCUAUAUCAGUGUUG